AUGUUGUUCCACUUUCUAACCAUCGUGAACUUUGUCCUCGGACAGACGAGGCCAAACUCGACCUUCUACAACCCGAUAUUACCAGGUUUUCACCCAGACCCCAGCUGUAUCUUUGUCCGAGAAUGGGACAACACAUUUUUCUGCGCCACCUCUAGCUUCAACGCCUUCCCUGGCAUCCCCAUUCACGCAAGCAAGGACUUACAGAAUUGGAAACUAAUUGGUCAUGUUUUGAACAGACGAGAGCAGCUCCCGAGGCUUGCUGAAACGAACAGAUCGACAAGCGGGAUAUGGGCACCAGCUCUACGAUACCACGAGGGUAACUUUUACCUCGUCACAACGCUCGUGGAUGACGAUCGUCCUCAAGAAGAUCCAUCGAGGUGGGAUAACAUCAUUUUUAAGGGUAAAAACCCUUACAAGCCCUCUUCAUGGUCGAUCGCGACGCAUUUUACGUUCCAGGGGUAUGAUACAUCGCCCUUCUGGGAUGUUGAUGGGAGGUCCUAUAUUUCCGGAGCUCAGGCGUGGCGCGUGAGUCCGGGGAUUUACCAGACAACAGCGAAUCUCGACACCGGAGAAAUCGGAGAAUGGAAGUCGAUUUGGAAUGGCACCGGAGGCAUGGCCCCGGAAGGACCGCACAUCUACCGAAGAGACGGUUAUUACUACCUUAUGGUGGCAGAAGGUGGUACCGGCCUUGGACAUAUGGAAACUAUUGCGCGUUCGAAAGCCAUUGGCGGCCCAUACGAGGUGAACCCUGCAAAUCCAAUAUUGACGAAUGCCAAUACGACGAAUUACUUUCAGACAGUUGGACAUGCCGACCUAUUCCAGGACCCAUCAGGAAACUGGUGGGGCGUUGCUCUCUCCACCCGUGGUGGCGCCGAUUACCUCUACUAUCCUAUGGGCCGCGAGACUGUGAUGGCGCCUAUGACUUGGAGGAAGGGCGAGUGGCCAGUCUUCAGCCAAAUUCGUGGUGAAAUGAGCGGCUGGGCGUUCCCACCUGUUAACAAGAAUAUCGACGGCGAAGGGCCAUUCAUCAACGAGGGCGACAACAUCGACUUCGGGCCAGGCUCCAAAAUUCCGGCGCAUUUUACAUAUUGGAGAUUUCCAAUUACCGACUCGUUCACCAUUUCGCCACCUGACCACCCAAAUACUCUACGCGUUAAGCCAUCACGACUUAACCUUACAGCCCUGAAUGGAAAUUACGCAGGGCCAGAAGGACAGUCAUUUGUCGGACGCCGACAACAAGACACUCUUUUCACCUAUAGCGUCGACAUCGACUUUGCUCCGAAGGUGCUCGAAGAAGAGGCUGGCGUGUCUGUAUUCCUGACGCAAAAUCACCACCUCGAUAUGGGUAUCGUCAUGCUCCCAGGGACUUCCAGCACGAUGCCUUUCCCUGGCACAAAUUUGACCCAAGCGCCUAGCACAGAACUCGCACCUCACUUCCGAUUUCGUGGAGAAUCGUAUGUGCCAGUUCCUGCGCCGGUUAUUACACCCGUUCCAACGGCGUGGAUGAAUCGCCGCCUAACGCUCGAGAUCAAGGCGUUUAACAAAACACAUUAUUCGUUCUCCGCGGGUCCAGCAGGAGCAAAAUCCCAGAUGCAGACGGUAGCAGCAGUGUCAAACGACCCUGUAAGCUGGGGAUUUACUGGCACAAUCCUUGGUGUCUACUGCACAACCAACGGCGGUUCUGGCAAUGCAGAGGCGUACUAUUCGAAGUGGAUAUACAGUCCGCAGGGCCAAUUUAGGGACUAA